AUGUAUCCUUCCAUUAAAUUGGAACCGUGCUUCUGUGCCCUUAGAGAUUUCCUUUUCCAAGCCUCUCCACCUGGAUACCACAAGCAGGUGUUGGAGCUGGCCCACCUUAUGUGCUACACCUCAUUCUUCACCUUCAACCAACGAAUCUAUCUUCAAGAAAGGGGAGUACCUAUGGGUAGCCCCCUCUCUGGAGACCUCUGCGAAUUAAUUGUAAGAAAACUGGAUAACCAAGUAUUACAGUCCUUCAACGCGGAAAUCGUUCUCUAUACGCGCUAUGUUGAUGACAUUCUUAUCAUUUGGAAGUCCAAGCCGGAUCUGAACACCGUUCUUCAGAUUGUGAACAACAACCCUUUUGGACUUAAGCUUAAAUUAGACCAGCAGGAUGACAGGAUGGCCCACUUCCUGGACCUCAAUAUCCUCUUGGAUCAUGGCUGCAUAGCUACUAGUGUGUUCCAUAAGCCUAAUCUUCAAUCUUUCUUUAUCCCUGCAACCUCGAAUGACCCCUUUACUUACAAAAUGUCCGCUUUCAGGGCUCUUAUCCGCAGAGCUUUUACCCAUUGCUCUAGCAUUAACGACGCGCUACGAGAAAUCCAACGCAUCAAGCGCAUCGCCACAGCCCACGGUUUCAGCAGUAAGUUUAUCGAUAGGCUUGCGCAAAAAACUCAUAGAUGCUUAACAACCGGAGAUGCCACUUCUAAACCUCUAAAGCAACAAGGUAAGCGCAUUACCGUCGAUUUUGACCCUAGAAUGAGCCAGGCCUAUAACUUCAUAGCAAAAAAGGUCAACGCUACUCUCGCAUACAGACGCAACCCUACGAUUUAUAAACUUCUAGCUAACACCAAGGACAAAUGCAGCGAAGCCAGGAGACCAGGAGUCUACACCGUCCCAUUGGAGGACGGCAGAUCUAACCCGUGCAAGAAGCUAACAUACGUUGGCUCAACCAAUAGAUCGCUUAAAAGGAGGAUAACUGAGCAAAUUAAUCUAAAUAAAAUUUUCUUUAUAAUUUAG